UCUCUCACCUCUCUCUCUAUAAGCUCGAACGUUCUGCUUCCUCGUUCGAGACGACUCGCAUUUGAUUAUCCGAGCGAGAAUCCGCCGAUAAUUUUCCGUAUCAAUUUUCCUGGAAAAUUUUCAAAAUUUUCUCGCUCAUUCCAUCACAACGUUCAUCCGAUCAUUGUUAUUAUUAUUAUUGUCAUCGUUCUCGUGAUUUGCAUAUCGAUUCAAGGAAACAACCGAUCCUUUUGUUUUCCUGCCCUAGAAAUCUGUAGAGCUUCAUGUGAUCUAUCUCACUUGUUCCAUUACGUCCAAUUUCGGGAAGCGGAGCUUCGUAUGCGGGGUUUAACGUUGAUUGCCGAAGAAGAAGCUCGUGUUAGUGUCGGUGUAACAUCGACAGAUUCUGGUUCGGAGUUUGUUUUCCAAACGGCGUUUGAGUUAGUUGCAAGGCGGAGGGAGUUUUUAGGCAUCCGCCCCGCCGAAGAGGAAACCAAGGGCCAAGCAAAGUUGCGUGUUGAUGGAAAGGCCAAUGUCUUCCUCUCCUGGAAAGGAAUCUGACAGAAAGAUUGAAAUGGAUGAUCCGGAGAAGGAAAUGGCUACGGUUGCUCGGCUCAUUGAGCAACUUCAUGCAAAAACAUCUUCCCCACAUGACAAAGAACUAACUACGGGCCGUCUACUAAGUAUUGCGAAAGGCAGAAGACAGGGAAGAUCACUUAUUGGUUCUCAUGCCCAAGCUAUGCCUUUGUUCGUGUCCAUGCUUAGAAAUGGAACGCCUUUGGCAAAAGUCAAUGUUGUUUCAACUCUUAGCGUUUUAUGUAAAGACAAAGACUUGCGAUUGAAAGUGCUUCUAGGUGGAUGCAUCCCGCCAUUGCUCUCGAUUUUGAAGUCCGGAUCUGUUGAAGCCAAGAAAGCAGCAUCAGAGGCUAUAUAUGAGGUUUCAUCUGCUGGAAUUUCCAACGAUCACAUUGGUAUGAGAAUAUUUAUCACCGAAGGUGUAGUCCGGACUUUGUGGGAUCAACUUAGUGUGAAAACAAAGCAGGAUAAAGUAGUUGAAGGGUUUAUCACUGGAGCUUUGAGGAAUCUUUGUGGCGUUAACGAUGAUUAUUGGAGAGUGACACUUGAGGGUGGUGGAAUAGAUAUGGUUGUGACUCUCUUGUCCUCUGAUAACCCUAAUUCUCAGGCCAAUGCUGCUUCUCUGCUGGCUCGUCUAGUACUAUCCUUCUGUGAUAGCAUCCCGAGAAUAUUGAAUUCUGGAGCUGUCAAAAUUCUAAUUCAACUUCUAGGUCAGACAAAUGAUAUUUAUGUUCGUGCUAGUGCAGCAGAGGCAUUGGAAGCUCUUUCAUCGAGGUCCGAUGAGGCUAAGAAGAGUAUUAAAGAUGCAGGAGGAGUUCAUUCUCUGAUUGAAGCCACUGUUGCUCCUUCAAAAGAGUGUAUGCAAGGAGAACAUGGUCAAUCUCUACAAGAACAUGCGACUAGAGCAUUGGCAAAUGUAUUCAGUGGAAUGCAUCAUUUAAUUUUAUAUCUUGGAGAAUUAUCACAAUCCCGUCGUCUAGCUGAGCCAGUUGCUGAUAUAGUCGGAGCCCUUGCCUAUGCUUUGAUGAUUUUCAAACAGAACCCAGGGACUGAUGAAGAAACAUUUGAUCCAGGAGCGAUAGAGAGAAUCUUGGUGAAGUUACUAAAGCCCCGUGACACUAAGUUAAUCCAAGAGCGGAUCUUGGAGGCUAUGGCAAGCUUGUAUGGAAACAAUAGUCUAUCGCGUUAUCUGAAUGAUGCAGAAGCUAAGAGAGUCCUUAUCGCACUCAUAACUAUGGCUUCUGCUGAUGUACGAGAACAUCUAAUAAUAUGCUUGUCUCGCUUAUGCCAUGGUAAUACAGGAAUCUGGGAGGCUGUUGGGAAACGAGAAGGGAUUCAGUUACUUAUAUCAUUUCUAGGCCUGUCUAGUGAGCAGCACCAAGAGUAUGCCGUUGAAAUGUUGGCAAUCUUGACGGAACAGGUCGAUGAUAGUAAAUGGGCUGUAACUGCAGCUGGUGGGAUUCCUCCACUUGUCCAGAUCCUGGAGACUGGAUCUCAGAAGGCAAAAGAAGAUGCUGUACGCAAUCUCUGGAAUUUGUGCUGUCACAGUGAGGACAUCCGUGAUUGUAUCGAAAGAGCUGGCGGUAUUCCAGCAUUGUUGUGGCUUCUAAAGAACGGUGGACCAAAGGCUCAGGAAACUUCUGCAAAGACGCUUAUGAAACUUGUCCAUACAGCUGAUCCUACCAUGAUUAAUCAGUUAUUGGCACUACUUCUUGGGGAGACUCCCAUUUCCAAGGUUCAUAUUGUAAAGGUAUUGGGUCAUGUGCUAUCAAAAGCGCCGCAAAAGGAUCUUGUUCUUGAAGGGUUUGCUGCUAACAAAGGACUGAGGACCCUGGUCCAGUCCCUAACAUCAUCAAAUGAGGAAACUAAGGAGCAUACUGCUUCUGUUUUAGCUGAUCUGUUCAGUUCAAGACAAGAUAUCUGUGAUAAUCUUGCGACUGAUGACAUAAUUAGUCCCUGGAUGAAACUCCUUACUAAUAAUACUCAGAAUGUGGCGAAACAGGUAGCUCGGGCAUUGGGUGCACUGUCCCGCCCAGUGAAAAGAAGUGCUAAUAGAAAGAAGUCUUACAUUGCAGAAGAAGAUGUCAAGCCUCUGAUAAAGUUGGCAAAGCACUCUUCGAUUGAGUCUGCUGAAACUGCUGUGUCUGCCCUGGCAAAUCUUCUAUCUGAUCCAGAUGUUGCUGCAGAAGCAGUGGCUGAAGAUGUUGUUUCAGCGUUCACCAGAAUUUUGGCAGAUGGAACUUCAGAAGGUAAAAAGAAUGCAUCAAGGGCUCUUCAUCAGUUACUUAAGUAUCUCCCAGUAUAUGAUGUGAUUAAAGGAAGUGCUCAGUGUCGUUUUGUUGUUUUCUCCCUUGUUGAUCUUCUAAAAUCAAUCGACAUGGAUUCCACCGAUGCUUUCGACAUAUUAGAAGUAGUUGCUCUCUUGGCAAGGGCCAAGCCUGGGGCGGGUUUCUCUUACUUGCCCUGUUCUGCCAUUGCUGAAGUUCCAUCAAGCUUAGAGACUCUUGUAGAGUGCCUUGCUGAAGGCCAUAUUCUGGUGCAAGAGAAAGCCAUAGAAAUCCUUUCCAGGCUUUGCUCAGAUCAACAAGUUGUGCUCAGUGGACUUUUGGUUACAAGGUCAAAGUCGAUAUAUUCAUUGGCCGAUAGAAUCAUGAAUGCGUCCAGCUUAGAAGUGAGAGUUGGAGGGGCGACAUUGCUCCUAUGUGCUGCAAAAGGAAACAAACAACAGACAAUUGACGCACUCGAUAAAUCUCGGGUUUCAAAACCCUUAUUAUAUGCCUUGGUAGAUAUGGUGAAGCAGAAUUCUAAUUGCUCUCCUUCAGAAGUUGAAAUUCAGACACGUAACGGUUUUGUAGAAAAAAAUGUGUUCCAGGAGACAGGUGAUUUUUAUCUUUCUGAUCCAGCUAGAAUCUUGGGUGGUACAGUUUCCUUGUGGCUGCUAUGCAUACUCUCUUCGUUUGAUGCCAAGAAAAAAUUCAUUGUCAUGGAAGCUGGUGGACUUGAGGCUCUCUCUGAGAAGCUUGCUAGGUUUAUUUCCAGUCCUCAGGCUGAAUUUGAGGAUACAGAAGGCAUUUGGAUUAGCGCCUUGCUUCUGGCCAUCAUGUUUCGGGAUGAAAAAGUUCUAUUGUCUCAAACAACGAUGCGCAUCAUUCCAUCACUUGCUCUUUUGCUAAAAUCUGAUGAACUGAUGGAUAGAUACUUCACUGCCCAGGCAAUGGCUAGUCUUGUCACUCACAAAAACAAAGGAAUUAACCUGACAAUUGCAAACUCAGGUGCGGUCUCUGGGAUAAUAAAUCUAAUUGGUUUUGUGGAGUCCGAGAUGAUGAACUUCAUUGCCUUAUCUGAAGAAUUUUCUCUUGCGAGAAAGCCUGAUCAAGUCAUUCUUCAGCAUCUCUUUCAAAUUGAAGAUGUAAGACUCGGCUCUACUGCACGCAAAUCUAUCCCGCUGCUAGUAGAUCUCUUACGGCCAAUUCCUGAUCGGCCUGGAGCCCCACAAUUUGCUAUUCAAAUCUUGACCUGCAUUGCUGAUGGAAGCGACGUAAAUAAGUUAUUCAUGGCUGAAGCUGGAGCUGUGGAAGCUUUAGGAAAAUACCUUUCUUUGAGCCCUCAAGAUUCUACGGAGUUCACCAUAUCUGAAUUGUUGAAGAUAUUAUUUAGCAAUCACGAGAUUAAAAAAAAUGAAGCAGCCGUGAGUUCCUUGAAUCAGCUCAUAGCAGUCCUGCAUCUGGGGUCAAGAAGUGCUAGAUACAGCGCUGCUGGGGCGCUGAAUGAACUUUUCGACGCUGAAAACAUCAGAAAUUCUGAAUUAGCAUGGCAGGCUGUUCAACCACUGAUGGAAAUGCUCAGUACUGUAUCAGAGAGCGAGCAAGAGGCUGCUCUCUCUGCUCUAAUCAAACUUACUUCGGAAAACACUUCGAAUACAUCUCUUCUGGCUGAUUUGGAAAGAAAUCUGCUGGAGAGCAUGAACAGAAUCUUAUGUUCUGCUUCCUCUUCGGAUGCGUUAAAGACAAAUGCUGCCAGGCUUUGUUCCGUUGUCUUCUCUAAUAAAAGCAUCAGAACAUGUCCACUCGUUAGUGAAUGCGUGAAACCACUUAUAUCACUUAUGCAGUCUGAUAGAAGUGAAGCAGUGGAAGCCGCAGUUUGUGCUUUCGAGAGAUUAUUGGAUGACGAGCAACAGCUAGAGCUUGUGGCAGUGCAUGAGGAUAUCCUGAAUCUCCUUGUUGUGUUUGUUUCCGGGUCAAAUCACAGGCUUAUAGAGGCAAGCUUAUCAAGUCUAAUAAAGCUGGGGAAAGACCGGACACCACACAAGCUGGACAUGGUUAAAGCUGGAAUAAUUGAGAAAUGUCUUGAGCUUCUACUACAUGGAGCACCCAAUUCAUUAUGUGCAUCAAUUGCAGAGCUUUUUCGCAUUUUAACCAAUAGUGGUGCAAUUGCUAAGAGCCCGGAUGCCAUUAAAAUCGUAGAGCCUCUUUUCAAGGUCUUGCUUCGAUCAGACUUGACCUUGUGGGGGCAACACAGUGCCUUACAAGCACUUGUAAAUAUCUUGGAGAGGCCUCAAAGCCUUGCAGCUUUUAAUCUUACGCCAGCUGAAGCCAUUGUGCCUUUGAUUUCGUUUUUGGAAUCUCCUUCUCAAGCGAUCCAGCAACUUGGAGCAGAACUGCUAAGUCAUUUCCUCUCGAUGGAAGAUUUCCAGCAAGACAUCACAACACAGAAUGCUGUUGUACCUCUAGUGCAGCUUGCGGGAAUCGGAAUACAUUCUCUGCAGCAAACUGCGAUCAGGGCUUUAGAGAAUAUCUCUGCUACCUGGCCAAAAGCUGUUCUUGAUGCCGGAGGUAUUUUCGAGCUCUCAAAGGUUAUUCUCCAGGAAGAUCCUCAUCCGCCUCUUCCGUUAUGGGAGUCAGCUGCUUUUGUUCUCUCCAACAUUCUGCAAUCGGAUGUAGAGUAUUAUUUCAGAGUUUCACUAGAGGUGCUUGUAAAAAUGUUGUUCUCGACCAUGGAGAGCACUGUGAUGGUGGCUCUUAAGGCAUUGAUGGUUCAUGAAAAAAAUGAUGCUUCAAGUGCUGUACAAAUGGCUCAGUUAGGUGCAUUUGACGCAUUGUUGGACCUUUUGAGAUCUCAUCAAUGCGAAGAAGAAUCGGGAAGCUUACUCGAAGUGAUAUUUAACAAUCCAAGGGUACGUGAAUUGAAGAUCUGCAAGUACGCAAUAUCCCCCUUAUCGCAAUAUCUAUUAGACCCUCUGACCAGAUCAGAACCUGCAAGACUUCUUGCCGCCCUAGCCCUUGGGGACCUUUCCCAGCAUGAAGGCCUUGCUAGAUCUAGUGGUUCCGUUUCAGCUUGCCGGGCGCUGAUUAGCUUACUGGAAGAACAGCCAACCGAAGAAAUGACAAUGGUGGCCAUCUGUGCAUUGCAGAAUUUUGUGAUGCACAGUCGAACGAAUAGGCGAGCUGUUGCGGAAGCGGGUGGCAUAUUGUUGAUUCAGGAGCUAUUGCUGUCCAGUAACACACAAGUUUCCGGGCAGGCUGCGUUGAUGGUCAAGUUUUUGUUCUCCAACCACACACUCCAAGAGUAUGUCUCGAACGAGCUAAUCAGAUCAUUAACUGCUGCACUUGAAAGAGGCUUGUGGUCUUCGGAAACCAUCAACGUAGAAAUCUUGAAAACCUUAAAUGUGAUCUUCUCCAACUUCCCGAAGCUCCGUGCCUCGGAAACUGCUACUCUCUGCAUCCCUCAUUUGGUAGCGGUGCUCAAAUCGGGCAUUGAAGAUGUCCAGGAAUCUGCAUUGGAUAUUCUCUACUUGCUAAAACACUCCUGGUCAAAUAUGCACAUAGAUAUUGCAAAGUCGCAAGCUAUGAUUGCAGCGGAAGUCAUUCCUGUUCUGCAAAUGCGGAUGAAAACUUGCCCUCCUAGGUUCCAUGAAAAGGCAGACAGUUUACUGCACAGCUUACCAGGUUGUCUGACAGUACACAUCAAGCGAGCUAAUAACUUGAAGCAGUCGAUGGGAGCCACCAAUGCCUUUUGUAAGUUAACCAUUGGAAACUGUCCUCCCCGACAAACUAAGGUUGUGAACUCUAGCGUUUCCCCAGAAUGGAAAGAAGGAUUUACAUGGGCAUUUGAUGUGCCUCCGAAAGGACAAAAGCUUUACAUUAUAUGCAAGAGCAAAAGCACGUUCGGAAAGACGACUUUAGGGCGGGUGACCAUCAGGAUCGACAAAGUUGUGACAGAGGGAAUGUACAGUGGAUCUCUAAGCCUGAACCAUCAGGACAGCAACAAAGAUGAAUCUUCAAGGUCUCUCGAAAUCGAAAUCGAGUGGUCUUGUCGAACAUCCGAUGAUACCCCUUGAGAGUUCUGCCCAUCUCGAGCCCCCUCUGUUUAAUGCUUCUGAUGGUGCAGGAGGAGCCUAAGGCGAAGUCCGAGCGCAUGUAUAGAAGCAGCAUAUACACACAUGUAUAUACCGAGUGGAGUGGAGUGGAGUGGAGUGGCUAUUCCUCCUCAAUUUUGUGUUUCGGAGCUUUGGGAUGAAAACUGAAACAGCGCAAAGUGCUGUGAGUUCCUUCUCGUUGCAGUGUCGAGUUUUGAAAUGCGUGUAUUCGAGAAUGCUUCGAUCUUUGUCCAUGUUUUGGUCAGAGGUGACCCUUCUGAUCUCACUUCCUUUAUAUUUGGCUUCAAUUUCUUUUUAGUAAAUAUUAUCUCGAUUUAAUUGGGUUUUUUAAUAUUA